AUGGCUACCAACAACUUCCCCACCGGCACCAUCGGGCUUGGCCUCGCCUCACUCUCAAUUGCAUAUGGCGUCACGCCACCAGACAAGGAGCGCCUCGCAUUCCUGGACCGCGCUCUCGAACUAGGCCUCACAUUCUGGGACACAGCCCAAGUAUACGGCGACAGCGAAGACCUCCUGCGCCAAUUCUUUGCAUCGCGAUCCGGAGCUAGAGAGAAAGUCUUCCUGUGUACGAAGUUCGGGAUCGGCCGGAACCCGCAGACAGGCAGCAUGGAUGUGGAUUCUAGUGGCAAGAAUGUGAGGAGAUCCUGUGAGAGAGCGUUGGACAGGAUGCAGGUGGAUUAUAUUGAUCUUUGUGCGAGCGAUUUCAAUUGAAGGGAAAGGGAUGAUUGCAGAUUGCUGACGGUUAAUGGCAGUCUACGCGCAUCGAUGUAAUCCGGAAACGCCGAUUGAGGAGACAAUGAGAGCCAUGGUGGAAUUGCAGAAAGAAGGCAAGAUCAAACACAUCGGGUUCUCUGAGAUCAGCUCGAAAGCGUUGAGGAGAGCCAGUAAAAUCGGCAAAGUUGCAGCAGUGCAGAUGGUUCGUCGCGCCCAAAACCUUUCAACCGGGUGCGCUGACUCUUCUCUCUUCAGGAAUACUCGCCGUUCGAGCUGGAGGACGAGGACGUGCAAGACGUCAUGAAGACUUGUCGCAAAGCUGGGACAUCAAUCAUCUGCUACUCCCCUCUCGGCAGAGGUCUGUUGACCGGCUCGUUCUCGACUAGAGAAAGCGUGAGCGGCGAGGGUGACAUUCGGUGAGCAGAAUUCCCAUUGUUGCCAAAACUGAACUGACACAACCCCAGAUCCUUCCACUAUCCACGCUUCAGCGAAGAUAACAUAGAAGCCAACGCAAGAACCAUCCAGGAAUUCAAAGCACUCGCCACCCGAAAAGGCUGCACUCCAUCUCAGCUCGCUCUCGCGUGGCUGCUGAAGCAAGGGAAGGACGUAGUUCCAAUUCCCGGAACCAAGAGGAUCAAGUAUCUGGAGGAGAACUGGGCUGCACGAGAUGUCAAGCUCUCAGAUCAGGAGGAAAGCCAGAUCCGAAGGUUGGUUCGUAGGAUGCCGCUGCAGGGUGUGCGGUCAAAGGAGAAUGCGGCUCUCACAUUCACGGAUACGAGGGAGGAGGCUUGCUUGUGA